GUACAUCCAGUCUCCUUCUUUACUCUCUCUCUCUCUGUGUGCUCCCAGACACCACUCUGUUCACCAUAUAGUACACAACAUCACCAGGGCCCAUCGGGUGGGAAGUAGUGCGCCUUAUACAGCAUAGGGUACAAUUUGGGAGCCGUCCUCUGUCUGUGUAGGGCUUUCAAAGGCACAGCUGUUUAGCAUAAACAUACUGUACACAGCAUCAACAAGACUGUCUUAUUUCCAGUGACUUGAUACUAUUCUGCUUCAUAUGCUUUCAUGUCUUCCCCAAUGGCAUACAGUUAAUGACAUUUUAAAAAAAAACACACGAUGUUGAAAACGUUAAUGUUAUUAUUUAUUAAUCACUGUGUGUGUGUGCGCACGUGUCUUUGCCCGUGUGUAUGCGUGCACGUCUACGCGAGUGUGUGUUUGUGAUUGUAUGAAUACCUUUGUUAUCUAGCUCAUAGUUUUGACAGUCCUUCGAUCUGUACAAUGUAAACACAGAUAGAUCAAACUAAGACACCAGGCCUAAGCUAUGAUAAGACUGAUGUUAACACCAGGCCUAAGCUAUGAUAAGACUGAUGUUGACACCAGGCCUAAGCUAUGAUAAGACUGAUGUUGACACCAGGCCUAAGCUAUGAUAAGACUGAUGUUAACACCAGGCCUAAGCUAUGAUAAGACUGAUGUUGACACCAGGCCUAAGCUAUGAUAAGACUGAUGUUGACACCAGGCCUAAGCUAUGAUAAGACUGAUGUUGUGGUCUCUUCUCUUCUGUACACAUGAUGGCGACGUCCAACAUCCCAAAGUGGGAAAUGAUUGGUCCCAGUUUACCUCAGAGAUGGGUCACUCUGGUCCUUGUGGGGCCUGAUGCUUUCAAUGAUGUUCUUUCAAACCAGGAAACCAGUGUCUGAUCUAGAUCUGGUAGACUAGGUGUGUUAAACCAGGAAACCAGUGUCUGAUCUAGAUCUGGUAGACUAGGUGUGUUAAACCAGGAAACCAGUGUCUGAUCUAGAUCUGGUAGACUAGGUGUGUUAAACCAGUUGUUUCAUGUAAAAGAUAGAACCAGCUGACAUUCAGGCUCCACAAGGACCACCGUUGCCCAUUUCUGCUCUCCUUAAAGCUGCUUCUUAUGACGAUCUGUUUUCCUUUAUGAACAUAUUCAUAACACCAUAUAGAAGAUCUGUUUCCCUUAUGAACAUAUUCAUAACACGAUAUAGAAGAUCUGUUUACCUUAUGAACAUAUUCAUAACACUAUAUAGAAGAUCUGUUUACCUUAUGAUCAUAUUCAUAACACGAUAUAGAAGUACUAUUUCCCUUAUGAACAUAUUCAUAACACGAUAUAGAAGAUCUGUUUCCCUUAUGAACAUAUUCAUAACACCGUAUAGAAGAUCUGUUUACCUUAUGAACAUAUUCAUAACACCGUAUAGAAGAUCUGUUUACCUUAUGAUCAUAUUCAUAACACCGUAUAGAAGAUCUGUUUACCUUAUGAACAUAUUCAUAACACCAUAUAGAAGAUCUGUUUCCCUUAUGAACGUAUUCAUAACACCAUAUAGAAGAUCUGUUUCCCUUAUGAACAUAUUCAUAACACUAUAUAGAAGAUCUGUUUCCCUUAUGAACGUAUUCAUAACACCAUAUAGAAGAUCUGUUUCCCUUAUGAACAUAUUCAUAACACUAUAUAGAAGAUCUGUUUCCCUUACGAACGUAUUCAUAACACCAUAUAGAAGAUCUGUUUCCCUUAUGAACGUAUUCAUAACACCAUAUAGAAGAUCUGUUUCCCUUAUGAACAUAUUCAUAACACUAUAUAGAAGAUCUGUUUCCCUUAUGAACGUAUUCAUAACACGAUAUAGAAGAUCUGUUUCCCUUAUGAACAUAUUCAUAACACCAUAUAGAAGAUCUGUUUACCUUAUGAACGUAUUCAUAACACCAUAUAGAAGAUCUGUUUACCUUAUGAACGUAUUCAUAACACCAUAUAGAAGAUCUGUUUCCUUUAUGAACAUAUUCAUAACACCACAUAGAAGAUCUGUUUCCCUUAUGAUCAUAUUCAUAACAUCGUAUAGAAGAUCUGUUUACCUUAUGAACAUAUUCAUAACACCAUAUAGAAGAUCUGUUUCCCUUAUGAACGUAUUCAUAACACCAUAUAGAAGAUCUGUUUCCCUUAUGAACAUAUUCAUAACACUAUAUAGAAGAUCUGUUUCCCUUAUGAACGUAUUCAUAACACCAUAUAGAAGAUCUGUUUCCCUUAUGAACAUAUUCAUAACACCACAUAGAAGAUCUGUUUCCCUUAUGAACAUAUUCAGAACACCAUAUAGAAGAUCUGUUUCCCUUAUGAACAUAUUCAUAACACCAUAUAGAAGAUCUGUUUACCUUAUGAACGUAUUCAUAACACCAUAUAGAAGAUCUGUUUACCUUAUGAACGUAUUCAUAACACCAUAUAGAAGAUCUGUUUACCUUAUGAACAUAUUCACAACACCAUAUAGAAGAUCUGUUUCCCUUAUGAACAUGUUCAUAACACUAUAUAGAAGAUCUGUUUACCUUAUGAACAUAUUCAUAACACCGUAUAGAAGAUAUGUUUCCUUUAUGAACAUGUUCAUAACACCGUAUAGAAGCAACGUGUUUGAGUGUUAG